AUGGCAACAAAGGAUCUCUCGUUCUUGUCCGAGCUCUCGGCGACGCAGGAUCACUUUCUUAAACGGUUUUUGGUAGAGGCUUGCCUUAAAGAGGAACUCCACCAUUUAUCGGAGCCCGGAUGCUUGGCUAAUCUCGGUCCGCCAUUCACGGCAUCCGAGAAAACGGAAAAGCUCGACUUGCCGCUUCUUCAGUACUUUUUCUCCCAUUUCGUGGCAUCUUUUCCGUUCAUUACAAACAAUCCUGAACAAGAACAGAUUGCGUUUUGGAACGACACCAUUCGCCCAUUUAUCGAUAGUGUCAACUCUAAGAAGCUUUCCAAUUCCACUGAGCGGAAGGAUAACACUACAAAACGUAAGCAGAUCAAUGCCAGGGUGUUGCAAACACUUCUACUUUUCUUCAAUUCUAUGCUCAGUUCCAAGAAAGAAUUGGAAUACCUAACUAAUGAUCAUCUUAAACCUUCAGACCAGGGCAAACUCGAUAAAUUGGCACUGAAAGAGGUGCUGCUGAAGAGCGCCGUCGGCGCCAUCUACACCUUGCAUGGCCUCAAUGAAUACUCGAAAAUGGAUUACGUGAGCAAUACCAACAUCGAUGUAAUAGCUGUCGAGCUUAAGCAAAACGAAGAACCCACAGCGACAUGGUCCGUUUUCAAUCCAUUCUCUGGAGCUAAGAGCUUCAAAUCUCAUUAUUCGUAUAUUAUUCAGGUCACAAAACGUCACAAAACUGAAAAGGGCCUGACCACAUAUUCUAGUCACUUCAUCAGCAAAAAGUUCUCUGACUUUGAACAUCUUGAGUCUGCACUCAAGAAGUGCUUUCCAGGGCUAAUGACCUCCUUGAAUAGACUCCCUCGCAACAUCAAAAAUGACAAGGGUGUGAGAAUCAAAGCAAAGAACGAGAGCCCUGAUAUUUCAGAUUCAACAAGCGUGCAUGACGAUACCCUGGAGGUUUCGUUAACUCGCGGCGAUACGCACAAGUACUAUCGGGAGAAGCAUCGUUUGGCUCUUCGUGGGUAUCUCUGCAAUCUCCUCGGAGUGCCAGAAAUAGCUCACUGUGAUGCUUUCCAAAACUUUCUUUGUGAUCCGUCCUACACAUUCUACGACUUGAAUGCUCGCCAGUUGCAUGACUAUAACCAGCGUACUCAACUUGAGAAAAAUAGACUUGCAACUCAAGAAGAGUUCCAGAGUAGAAUUGCGAACGUUGUAUUCCACUUGUCCAAAAACAUCGAACAGUUUAAAGAACAAAUUGUGCUGGAGCCAAAUCUGCUCAACAAUGUAUUUCAGGAGAUCGGCACCAGCCAGCUGAUCCUGGAUCUUUCGCCCUUGCUCAGGACGUUCAUUGAAUGGUGCAAGCUUGAAGUUGCCGCUACUCUCUAUCAGAUAUUCCUCACUCAGGACAACUCAAGUGAGUGGUUCAACAAAUGCAGAAAAUUCCAUCGCUUAUUCCCAUACAAGGUUUGCUAUGGUAUUCUCAAGUAUACGAAUCCCGUGAGCAUCAUGUCCAAGAUUGUCGAUUUGCUUCUUUUAGACAUUCCUUCUUUUGGUCGCAAAAAGGGCCAGGUGAACAAUCUAUUGUCGAUGAGUUUUGUCAUGUUGUUAGAUGAAGAUCUCCAAGAUUAUUCCAAAGAACGAGCAAACCAUUUACAUGAACCUCCACUUAAUGUGCCAGAGUAUGAUACCUUUAAAGCGCGCAUAGAUUAUUUUGUCAAUCAGAUGGACUUUGACCAGCAAGAGGAUAUCAAGGAGAAGAGCGUGGAACAAGGAUCUGACUACCUUUUGGAGAUCUUAUCUUCCGAUCUUGUUGAGCCACCUCUUGAGGAGUCUGACAAAAUUGUUUUCGAGAAGUUUAUUAAGCCAUCCUAUGAUGCGUAUUGCCUGUUGGAAAAAAGCAAAAAGCUUGAAGGAACUUCGGUUUACCUUUCCUUAAAGCAAUUAUGGCAACUUGAUAUCAGAACCCGCGACAAGAACGUUUUAAAGCAGCUCUGGCAGGAACCAGAGCUCACGAGACUUAUCAAGAAUUUUUUGACAGUUUUCUAUCAGCCUCUAAUGAGAGUCAUGAAGAAAUGCGAUGUGCAUCUUGUAUUUCUUGACUUCCAACACUUUUUGGACGACUUGAUAGCCGAGCUCACGAAACUAGACGAAGGCGGCAUGUAUUUUACCAGUUCUGUGGAGAUGUUUGACCGGUUCAAGAAGAUCCUCGAUAAACAUGAGGACGGGUUCUGGAGAUUCUUGCGUGACCUCUAUCUGAAAGACGACAGUCAUUUGUUCAUUAAUUUGAUCAAAUGGAUAGAGAGUUUCCUUGUCGCCUUACGGACCAAGUUUGCGGAACCGGAGAAAGUGGAGAUAGAUUUCGCCAGCAUGGAGACUGCAAAACCAGUGAACCCACAGGAGCUUAUAGCCGAGCUUGAUGAGAAGAUACGGAUUAUUUUGGAAAAGCGUAGUCUUCUCAAAGACUAUUUAGAAGCGACCGCAACUGCUCACAGCCUGUCUGAUAGUAGCUCUAUGUCAGGAAACGAGAAAGACGACGAAGACUUCGUCACAGCAAAGAAGGCAAUUGGCAACAAGUGGAAUGACAUCAAUGGAUCGGUCUUCGAUGUGCAAGCGCGAGACUUGGGACUUACGAAGGAUGAGUUCGCCGAGUUCAACUUCCUGGCGGCAGACGAGACAGCAAAGACAGGCGUGAAUAGCAGAACCGCCAAGGUACUACAAGAAAUAGCAAAACUCAACGCUGCCACGAAACAAGAAUUAGGACCUGAGUUGCAGAAGUUGACGCAAGCUACGCAUUUAAAAAUCAAGGAUAUUCUACAUGGAGCGAAAGAAGAGGACGCCUGCUAG